AUGUUUUGUUUUUCUCUUUGUUCUCUUUCUUUUUCUCUUGUUUCAUCAUCAUAUCUAAUAAUUGAUGUUGCUAAUGAUUUUAGAGAAUGUUGGGAUGAGUUUGUUGAUGUUUUGUUUGUUGGUGGGUUGUUUGUUAUGUUUAUUGUUGAGUUUGUUUUGUUCGUUAUAAUGUUUGUUUUGUUUGUUGUUGUGUUUGUUUUUGUUGUUGAGUUUGUUGUUGUGUUUGUUUUGUUUGUUGUCGUGUUUGUUUUGUUUGUUGUUGAGUUUGUUGUUGUGUUUGUUUUGUUUGUUGUCGUGUUUGUUUUGUUUGUUGUUGAGUUUGUUGUUGUGUUUGUUUUGUUUGUUGUUGUUGAGUUAUUUGUUGUGUUUUUGUUUGUUGUUAAGUUUGUUGAGGUGUUGUUUGUCGUGUUUGUUUUAUUGUUUGUUAUGUUUAUUGUUGUUAAGUUUGUUGGUGUUGAGUUCUUUGUUGUUGAAUUGAAUGGUGGGGUGUUUGUUUUGUUGUUUGUUGUUGUGUUUGUUUUAUUGUUAUUUUCAAACAAUUUGUUUUUGUCAAGUAUUGGAGCAGGCGACUUUUGUUUAGAAAAUUGUUGGGAAGGGCAAGUUGUUUGUUCAAGUUUGUUUUGA